CGAUUGCCUAUAAAUAUGAGUUUGUCCAUGUGCAAUAAUAACAUCAAACAAGAGACUAUCAGAAUGAAAGCCUUAAUUUGUUUCGCGCUGUUCGCGGUGGCAUCCGCCAUCCCGCUCCAAAAUGCCCAAGUGGUGAUCAUUCCCGAUGGACCGAUCCCCAUUCCAGUGGAGAUGCUCAGGUCUGGAUCCUUCAUGCCAGUGUGGAGGGACCUCCCCCAAAUGCCUAAUUUGCCCAUUCCCGAGAGGAACUUGAGAGAUCUGCCCAUUCCCAAGAGGAACUUGAGAGAUCUCCCCAACUUCAAAAUAAGCGAGGUCCAGUUCCUUGACAUGCCAGAGAUCCAAGAAGUUAAUGCGAAUGCACCUUCUGAUUCUGAGAUUGCUCCUGAAGCUGUCAAAAUUGUUGAUCUGCCUGAGCUUCCUGCACCAACUGAUCUUCAGGAAGUUGUCCCUCAAGUUGAAGAUAUUGUACCUGAGCCAGUGAACAUAGUGGAAUAUUUUGAGCCCUCUAACGUAGCUAAUGAGGUACCUGCUGCUGAGGAGAUUGUACCUCAAGCUGAGGAAAUUGUACCUGAGCCAGUGAAAAUAGUGGGAUAUUUUGAGCCCGCUAAUGAGGUACCUGCUGCUGAGGAAAUUGUACCUGAGCCAGUGAAGAUAGUGGAAUAUUCUGAGCCCACUAACGUAGCUAAUGAGGAACCUGCUGCUGAGGAGAUUGUACCUCAAGCUGAGGAAAUUGUACCUGAGCCAGUGAGCAUAGUGGAAUAUUCUGAGCCCUCUAACGUAGCUAAUGAGGUACUUGCUGCUGAGGAGAUUGUACCUGAGCCAGUGAACAUAGUGGAAUACUCCGAGCCUAUCGGAGCUGAUGUACUUGCACCGGAGCUUCCAGCUUUAGAAGAUGCUGAGAUGAGGUUCGUGAAAUUCGUCGAUUCUCCAGCCACGUUCGACUUGAAGAACGUGAGGGUACCCAUUGAUGCGCACGACAUUGUUUAAACUUAAAAUAUAUUAGUACCCUAAUAAAGUUUUUUUGUUAUUA